AUGUGGUCUAUCCACAGCCAAGUGUUCAAGGACGUGCAAGCAAUUCCUCGGCCAAAGCGUCCAGAAAUUGAUCCACUUGUCUCUUUGCGUCACUCGAUGGUGAUGGUACACGAGAUUGUAGAGGUUAUAGCGAGACUGGGGAUGGGGAACGCGGUCUUCGAGCUUCAUAGCGGGCAACAUCGUAAUGGUACUUAUCCAAAUCGUCUUCAUAGCGGCGUUGUUCCUGUCGGUAUUGUUGGAGCCUGUACAACAGGGUCUUGUGGAAGACCCCUUGAAUCAAGACGACUUCUGGAUCAUCUCAGCGCCAAUGGUGUAACGACCGUGGAAGACCACACCAACCAUCUACAAGAGCUUAGGCCUGACGGCGAGCGACAAGCUCUGGUAGAAUACCAGGAAGAGAUCGAAGGGGCACAGGGGGAAGCCAUUUACUGGCGAAACAUGUUCGAGACCAUCACAGCACCUCUCACCAUCUACACACAGGACCAUAAUGAGCUCACCACCAAUGCUCAAAGAUUGGUCGAGGAAGGUAUCGAGCGCAUGACUUUUCAAGGUGCUGGCCAUCAAAACGAACAGUACCAGUAG